UUUAUUCUCGAUACUUUAGUAAGACCUCUGCCACUGUGAGGCAUUACUGGGGACCUAUCAACAGUUCUGCUUAGGCCUUGGAUCUCCUGGAGCUACCGACAUAAAAUCCUCCUGGGAUGGAUGUCAGCCGCCUCCUCCUGGCUACCUUGCUGGUCUGCCUGUGCUUCCUCAGUGCCUACAGCCACCUGGCACCUGAGGAAAAGCCCAGAGAUGAAAGGAACCUGAAGAACAAUUCUUCCAUGAACCUGUUGGAUUUCCCUUCUGUCUCUAUUGUGGCACUGAACAAGAAAUCCAAAAAGAUCAGCAGAAAUGAAGCGGAAAAGAAGAAAAGAGCUUCCAAGAGAAAGGCUCCGAUGAAGAACGUGGCACGGACCCGGCCCCCGCCGCCUACCCCCUGCGUGGCCACCCGCGACAGCUGCAAGCCACCAGCGCCCGCCUGCUGCGACCCGUGCGCCUUCUGCCAGUGCCGCUUCUUCCGCAGCGCCUGCUCCUGCCGCGGGCUCAACCCCACCUGCUGAGCGCGCCUCAGGGUGGUGGGGCGGGGCUCUGGGGACCCUGGGGCCUUUCUGCCGCGGGAGAGCUCUGGUAGGAGGGGCUUCCGAGAACGGAGUGGGCGCGGCUAUUGACGUUGGGGCGGGGCUUCAGGAAGUCUCAUCUAGGGUUGGGCUAAAAUCCAAAUACAUAUAGUCUUCUCGAAAA